AUGAAGUUCACUGCUGCUGCUGUCGCCCUCUUUGCUGGUGUUGCCUCUGCCGGUUAUGCUAACGUCACUACCGUUACCAUUCCUUGCGAAAUUACUACCACCGAAGUUGUCACCGCUUACACUACUUACUGCCCUGAACCUACCACCAUUGUUGAGAACACUAAGACUUACACCAUCACUGCCCCUGGCACUGUUACCAUCACUGACUGCCCUUGCACUCGUGAAAAGACUUUGACUACUACCACCGUCACUACUUGCCCCGUUGUCUCUGGUACCCCUGUCCUCCCCUCAACUGUUACCCCCAUCACUAAGACUGUCACUGAGUCUUGCACUGAGGAGGUUUGCAAGUCUUCUUCCACCUCUGCUCCUGUUGUUAAGCCUACCACUUCUUCUCCUGUCCUUAUCACCACCACCACCUCUGAGGGUGGUGUUGUUAAGACUGUCACCAUCCCUUGCACUGAGGAGGUUUGCCAAACCACUUCUGCCUCUGCUUCUGCUUCUGCUUCCCCCAAGCCCACUUCCUCUGCUCCCGUCCUCAUCACCACAACCACCUCUGAGGGCGGUGUUGUCAAGACUGUCACCAUCCCUUGCACUGAGGAGGUUUGCAAGACUUCUACCUCUGCUUCUGCUUCCCCCAAGCCCACCUCUUCUGGUGUCGCUCCUGUUCCUUCCUCUAAUGUCACCGUCCCCACCACCACCAUUGCCCAGGGUGCUGCUGCUAAGGUUGGUUUCUCUGGUGCCGUUGCCGGUGCCAUUGCUGCCGCUGUCUACUUCCUCUAA